CUGAGGUAAAGCAAUGGCUUCUGCUGUCAAAGAAGAAAUUUCAAAACAUGGAGGAAGCAGCAGCCGGACCCAGAGUCUAGCAGAGAUGGAAGACGAAGAAGAAGAGCUCUUCGAGAUCAAUCUUGAGGCAGUUAACAGUAUCCCCCCUCCUCAUUACUGGGAAGCUUUUUUCACCGCAACCCGCAGUGCAUUACUGGCCAAUUGUUUGUUACCUAUUUCUGAUCUUUCCAGCGCAAUCCCCACGGUAUCUACGGCUUGUAGCACAUUGUCUAGGGAAGGACUGGCGAAUAUUGUCAUGGUUGGAGAGUCCUUGCCAGGGAAGUUAUUUGGGAUCCCAUGUUUUGAGGCUUUUGGGGUACAACACAAGGAAAUGAGAGCAUAAUGUUCAUAUAUAAUCAGAAAAACGACCCAAAGGUAGGUACUAGAUUCCCUCUGCUAUUUGAGUUGAAAAGGGAGUAGCAUGUAAUUGAAGAAUUAAGUUGAUGAUAUCCACACGCAGUAUGAUAUGGGGUAUCCGUAUAUUCGUGUUAUAACAUCUACUUAUUGUCACAUUGAGUUAUAUUUUGAAAAUCUUAUUCCCAAUUCAUUUUU